AUGGCGAACGCCUGGCUUGACUCUUUGUCCGAGGACUGGGUGUCCCAGGCCGGCUCGGAGCCAUCGCACUCGCCCACCCAUACAACAAAAUUUACCAGCAAAACACACAGCACAACGCCCACCUCGCGGGGCAGCAGCGGACGUCUCUUUGGCUCAGUGCGCCACGGCCAGGACCUCUCGCCUGCCAACAGUAGCAAUGUUCUCAGUGAGCGGAGCGCCAAUGAUAUCAACAUCUUUGGCUCCAAUCGUCGGCCAUCCCCCUCCAAGCUCUCGAACGAGUACAAAGUGCAGGACGUGCAGCAGCUGCAGUCGCGCCGCGGGCCAUCACAACGAUCCGUGUCUGCCUCGUCUCUCGGCUCCGUUAUCCAUAACACCGUCGACCACAAGCCUCACGGUGUGUCACCCGGCAAGGGUGGCGGAGACACGCCCGAGUGGCGGCGAAGGCUUGUCCAGGGCGGUUUGGCCUACGGCGAGCAACGUGAUCUGUUCACAUCUGCCAAGGUGGGGCUCGAAAAUAUGUUUAAUCCACCAGGUUCAACGACACCCGACGAUGUUUCUGUGGUGGUAGAAAAAGGGCCUGAGGAUGAUGGUGGCUACGAACCACAUGACUACCAUCAGCAACACACAAAAGAAGAUGCACUGGCAUUGGAUGACGAGGAGCAGGACGAGGAGGAAGAGGGAGAAGAUGACGAAGCGUUCCAAGAACGGCGGCGGAUAACCCACGACAUGACAAUGCCGUCUAGUCCACCAGUGCAUGCCGUGCCGUACGACUCGUCAGCGAAUUUUGACGAGUCUGCCGCCCCACAGCUCCCCGAACAACCACACUGGCACGCCCUGGACCCGGUGAUCGAAGAGUCUGCAGCCUAUGAAGAGGAGCUGGGCUGUGAAGAGAAUGCUGAAGAGGAAGAAGAUGGGCAAGACGGAAGUGUGCAGCGCCACUUCCAGGACGCACCGAACGGGGUGGAGUCCAUGCCGCCUUCCGAUGGGAGCCAAAUACACUAUCCGGUCGAUGGCGGGUCACGAGCGGUGAGUGGCCAGAGCGUGCUCCGUAACGAGAGCUUCAGCGCGAUUAUGAUCUCACCUGAAAAGAACAAGGACGGUGCCGUCUUUGCCCCUACGGAGCUGCCUUCGGGUGAGCUCAAGAGGCGCCUGGAAAAUCUUCGCUGGAAUCAGAUGGUGUUGGCCGAUGACGUCGAGCAAGCCGCUGCCGCAGGGAACCGGGUCGUCAGCAUUGGAGGAAAAUCUCUCAACGUCGACAACACGGAGGAAUACGACAAGAUGGGCGGUUUCAUCAACUUCCGGCGGGGUGGACGCUCAGCUGACGGCUCAUUCCGCGACCGCAUGCUGAGUCCCCCGAUGGGCAAUGACACGUCCGAGCUGCUGCCGGAAGAAUCUCUUCAAGCAAGCACACCAAAACAGUUCGCAUCCGUUCGUAUCGAUAUCGACACUGUAGACAGCCGCCCUGGUCCCGAGGUUCCUCGUGUGCCGAAUCCGAGCCCCGAAAAGCGCGGCAGCCUCUCACGGCAGCAACUGCAGCAGUCCGGUGGCGGUAGCCCGCUCAAGCUCUUUGGCCCCUACGACACAUUUACAAACCAAACCUUGAUGCGGCGCAUCAGUCAGUUCGAAGACCAAAUGUCAAACGGCUCUCGCAACUCAGCCGAUCGUUCAGCAAACCUUGGCGUGGACGGUGCUUCUCAUACCGAAAUAGCGCAGGCAUUUGUGGCAGGAAUCCAGAAGUCAGAAUCUCGCCAGUCGUCUGCGCAAUUUGGCGCUGGAGAGCUGGACGACUUCCAAUUUGGAGGCGAUGACGCUUCUCAUCUGCCAGCGGACCAGACUGCGGAUGAAGGCACACAUGCCGACCAUGAGGAGAGCAAAUCGACACAUGCCGAUGACGUGUUCUCUCCCGUGCUCACCGAAAAGAAGCAAGAUAAUCUUCACAUUCAGCGGAUGCGCCAGAGCCGCGGCGCCAUGUCGAGCCGGCCGAGCACAGCUGAGAAGCGGACCGAGCCGGCGGACCCUGCUGCUUCCUUGGGCAAAAUUCCUGUUUUGGCGACGCCUCGACGGGUUGCUGAAAUUGGCUCGGAGGGGAAGCGCCCCCGGACAUCGCCAUCCAAGGACCCAACACCAAAACGGAGACGGACGCUGCACAAGUCUGAUGUUGCCUUUGGCUUCGAAGCGUCACAGGCGUCCCAGACGCCGCUUGAUCCGGUCCAGGCAUCACAUACCACCAUGCAGUCCGUUAUUGGGCGAAAGCGCAGAGACGCGCGUGAUGGCGACGAGUUCCAACACGCCGACCCCGAAGUCCUGGCCAACCGCGACAUCCUGCGGCCUCGUACGCCGACGCCGAGCCAGCGGUCCUCUGUCCUGCGGGAAAAGAAUUCCGAUCUCAGUGCCGACGAGAAAGGAUACAACCGUACGCACGAUCGCACAUAUGACCUGAGCAACAACGACCGCCAAGGUGACGGCUUCGGCGUUGACCAUGACGCUAGAGGCUCGUCUGCAGCCUGGUCGGACAACUCAGUCAGCGGUCCCCAUAUGCGUGCCGAUGGUCCAGGGGCCGACGGGGAACGCAAGCCCUCUAUUGCGACCGAGGACUUUCUGAGCGAGGCCCAAAUGAUUAUCAACAUGUGCCGGAACCGCGGUGUCGGCGCGCAGGGCGGCCUUGCUAGUGUGGACGAGUCGGAGAUGGAGACGCCCGUGGCUGCUCCGGCCUCGGAGGAGGACGAGGUGUCAUUCCAGGAAUCAACAAAGGAGCCCUUCUCGCGCCCACCGAGCCGUGAGGGCAAACCGGUGCCGCGUGCGGCGCGGAUGCAGGAGGACCCGGAGAUCCUGGCACGGCUCAAGAAGUACGAAGAACGCAGCGACCUGGGCGACAUCGUGACGACUACCACUCGAUCGAUCAAUCUUGCGCAGCAUGCGAUCCGGGCGGAGAAGGAGGCUGCACAGGCGGUGCAGGACAGCAUUGCCAUCCGCAGCCGCACGCGACUGCACGGGAGUGAGGAUAUCAGCGAUCCGCCAAACAUUCGCAUCUCGAUGCGCCCCCGAGACGAGUUUGGCGCUGGUGUGCACGACGACAACCCGUCCCAAGCUUCUCAAAAAUCGGCCUCCUCUGGACACUCUACGGUCAGCUCGAUUCCAACGGGGUCGUCUCGCGGCUCAGACACUAGGAAGACGAUCGCUCCUCAGACAGUAUCCCACUUGAUACCCGACCAGGUCGGCAACAUGAUGCUCGACCGUGACCGCAACAUCUGGAUCAAACGGCGGAACGGAAGCGGCGGCAGCGUCCAGAACACGCAGCACAUCCCCAGCCUGCGCGAUGCUCCGAGCAUGCAUAACAUUCUGCCUUCUGAAGGAAGCGAGGAGGACCCCUUUGUAGACAUCCCCGAUUUAAGCGUCGAUGCCACAAUGGAGCUGCACAACCUCAAGCCAGCGGUGGCCAGCCCUAUGAAGUCUACUGGGCCCGUUCUCUUUACGAAGUCGAGCUUACCUCUGCCAAGGCCCAGCACAAGCGGCGCUUCCAAUGGCACUGAGCCGACUCAGUCGCCUGUGGUUGUUGUGAGUGAGACAGACAACGACACGAUUGUGGAGCACGAAAUUAGUAUCGACGAGGGCCGCCUUGCGCACUCGUCGUCGCCAACCCGGUCGAAGCGAAACCUCGCCAUCAGCUUCUCGUCUCCGAUAGCGUCGAUUAUUCAAGAUUUUAUGGUGGGGGACGACAGCGAGUCCCGAAUGGACCGCAGCCCGGACGAAUCCCUCCAGAAUGCGGCGGCCGCAUCUGCCCGUCGUGGCCGGCGAACAGUGUCUGUGAAAUUUACGAGCACAGCCAGCGGUGACCAUGGGAGCAGCAACAGCAGCAGUCUUCGGUCUCGCAGUGCCUCGCGUGGGCCGGCCCGGAAACUUUCGGUGGCCGGCCAGGCGUUUGUUCCGCGUCCCGUGUCGCGCAUCGACGAGCGCGAGGAGGACGACACCAACCACUCGCGUGGCAACGCCUCUGCACGGAACCGGGAGCUGAGUUUGGUCGGCGAGCGUAGUGAGCUUGUGCCCGGCUCGGACGGUGAAGAGCACGGUGACGAACAUUCCGAGCUUGUCUCGCAGCGCCAGACCAGUGUUAGUGUUCUAGUGACGACGCCCGGCCCGGCUCCUCGCGCGGAUGACGAAGAGGUUAUGGCCCAGUACGUGGGUAUGCUGUCGCUGAGCCCCAUGUCCGAGUUCACGAUCCACCAGGAGCGGUCGCUGGCGUUGGAAGCCAGUUACGUGCUGGGCGACCGGCACCUGGUGACGGGAGACAACUCGAAAGCGGUGAUGGCGCAGAGUCUCCGUAACCUUGUGAGCCGGCUGACGGAGGUGGAGCCGUUUGAGCCGUACUGGGAGGACAUGGAGGAGCUGGACGUGCAUGGCAAGAGCCUGGGGAGCCUGCACAAGCUGGACGAGUUCUGCCCGCAGCUGGUGUCGCUCGAUGCGGCCGGCAAUGCGCUCCGCAAUCUAUCAGGCAUCCCAUUGAGUGUGCGCCAUCUGCGGGUGGUGGACAACCAGCUGUCGGAGCUCACGUCGUGGACGAGCCUCGCCAACCUGCAGUAUCUCGACAUCUCAAACAACGACAUCAAGACGCUCUCGGGACUCAAGAACCUGGUGCACCUGCGCGGGCUCAAGGCCGACAACUGCGGCCUGGAGAACCUGGACGGUCUCAAGUACCACGACGCUCUGCAGACACUGCGGGCACGAGGCAACCAGAUCUCCGCAGUCGACUUUGACGGCACGCGGCUGCACAAGUUGGUCGAGCUGGACCUCGACGACAAUCAGAUCGAGUCGGCGUUGGGCCUCGACCAGCUCGUGUCGCUUUCUACGCUCAGCCUGCGGCGCAACAGGCUUGCCGCCUUCACGACCGAGACCUACGGCGCACUGCCCCACGUGCGCACGCUGAAUGUGAGCGACAAUCAGCUGGCAGUGCUGGACGUGGGCGGCCUUCCGUCGCUGCGGGUGCUGUUUGCGGACCGCAACUGCCUCGUACGCGUGCGCGGCUUCUCCAAGACGCCGCGGCUGGACAGUGUAUCCCUCCGCGAGCAGCAGCAGACGGAGCAGACAGGCACAGGUGGCGGCGCCAGCGACGACAGCAACAGGGCGCGCCUGGACAUCUCGUCCCUGUAUCACGCGUACGAGAUCCGCAAGCUCUAUUUGUCGGGCAACCGCCUUGAGAGCUUCGACCCGCCCGUGGACUUUUUGAAUUUGCAGCUGCUGGAGCUGGCCAACUGCGGUCUGACAUCGCUGCCGGUGCACCUGGGCCGCGCCGUGCCCAACCUGCGCAAGGUCAACCUCAACUUCAACGCACUCACAGACCUGGGCCCGCUGGGUGGCAUCUCGCGGCUCAAAAAGGUGCUCGCGGUCGGCAACCGGCUGGCCAAGGCCUUUGCGGUCAUCCAGACACUCGCGACGUUUGCGCAUCUGACGGAAGUCGACCUGCGGGACAAUCCGGUGACGCAAGGCUUCUACCCGCACGUGUCUGUGCCCAGCGCCACCGCGGUCAGCAGCACGACGACUGCCAGCAGCGGCCCUGAUGUGGCGGACGCGGCAGCCGCGACACCCGAACCGUUCACGCUGCCGCUGGCCGACGCAGACCACGACAAGGCAUACUGCAGUCGGCUGGACCUGGCCACGGGAAUGCGCCGGCGGGUCUACAGCCAGGUGCUGGGAGACGCCUGUGCCACCCUCAAGACGCUCGACGGCCUGGCAGUUGACCGCGGGCUGGGUGAUGUUCGUGACGAGGUGUGGCAUGCGCUGAACGCCAAGGGCAUUGUGAGCAACGAGGCUAAGACUGGAAGCGGAAGGCCGUCCAAGAGCGGCGGCGGCAAGACCGUCGACGAUGGUGUCAAAAAUGGGGCCACGGGGGAGCGUCAAUGGGGUGCUGAAGACAGUUUUGCGUGA